AUGUUCAGCCGUCUUCCAGAUUUCCCAAUGUUCGCUCCGGAACUGCUCAAGGAAACCGGAAAUGGCGAUAACUAUCCACGUGGCUCACCACAAGGCGAUAUCUAUAGUUUAGGCAUGAUAUUGUACUGGUUAAUGUACAGAGAGGAUCCGUUUGCUAAGACUGGCCUUCGCGGAAAAGCCCUGGUUGCUGAGAUUCUUAAGCGUCGUCUUAAACCUGAAGCAGACGAUUACGACGGCUCACCAGAUCAGAAGGCACUUGCUCGCCUCAUGAAAGAGUGCUACACUACUGCUGCCGAAUCGAGGCCGAGUCUUCGAAGUGUUCUAACAGCGGUCAACAAGGCAUUUUCUACUUCGAAAGGGAAUUUGGUUGAUCAAAUGAUACGCAUGAACGAAAAAUAUGCACAGAAUCUCGAGCAGAUUGUGGCCGAGAGGAACGCGAUGCUGCAAGAGGCUCAGGAGCAGACGAACCGGCUUCUGAAUGAGAUGCUUCCAGCGUCCGUUGCACAAGUUCUCAAAGAGGGUGGUACGAUACCUCCACGGAGUUAUGACGCAGCUACCGUAUGCUUUGUACAACUCUGCGAUUUUCCUGCACUUGUUAGGAAAAGCAGGUCCGACGAGGUCAUCAGUUUCCUUAAUGACAUUUUCGAUCGCUUCGACACAAUUAUCAAGAAGCAUGACGCAUAUAAGGUAGAAACUACGGGCGAAACCUACAUGGUGGCAUCCGGUGUGCCGAAUGAGAAUGAUGGACGACACAUUAUCGAAAUAGCGGAGUGUAGCUUAGAUAUCAGAGAGGAAUCUUAUACAUACGUUGUCGCUCACUGUCCCGACUUCAAGGUGCGAGUUCGCAUCGGAUUUCACUGUGGACCGAUCGCUGCUGGCGUCAUAGGAAUACGUUCUCCGAGAUAUUGCCUUUUUGGAGACACGGUUAACUUCGCCUCACGCAUGCAGUCUAACUGCCCACCAAAUCAGAUUCAAACAAGUGAAGUAACUGCGUUGAGACUGAUGAAUACCAAUGAAUACUCGCUAGUAAAGCGAGGCAUUGUUCAAGUUAAAGGAAAAGGUAUAGUUCCACUCAAGCUG